UCUAUCUCACACCGACAGAUACAGACAUUUACACACGUAGGCCAGGAGAGCGCUAACCACGGUCCUGUGACUCCACGCAGGUUCCCAGGACACGCCUUUUACAUUGUUACUGAACCGACCAGCGAACACAAACCUGCCAACACUUAAAUCUACUGGCUGGAUUUCAUCUCCAUGACAACAAGCAUGGAAGGGUUUAUUUGUCAUGGUUUUGUACUUCAUGGUCUAAAUGUCUCUCAUUUUUCUAUUUCCCGGUAAACAAGAUAUUAAGAUGAUGUUUUCCCUCUGAGGCCAAGAGGUGACUCCAGCAAGAAUUCUGAAGAGCCAUAAUGAUGUGACAGUGAAUAAUGAGUAGUACCUACUGUGGCAACUCUUCAGCUAAGAUGAGUGUCAACGAAGUAUCAGCUUUUUCAUUGACUCUGGAGCAAAAAACUGGCUUUGCUUUUGUUGGGAUUUUGUGCAUCUUCUUGGGACUUCUUAUUAUUCGAUGCUUCAAAAUCCUGUUAGACCCAUACAGUAGCAUGCCUUCCUCUACAUGGGAAGAUGAAGUUGAAGAAUUUGAUAAAGGGACAUUUGAAUAUGCACUUGCGUGAGAGUUCUACCACCUUUAUGGUUUUUAGGGUAAUGCCACCGGGACCCAUGGAAGAUAUCAUUGUAAUUUCCUCAAGCAUGCUGGAAGAGCCUCAUUUCAUUCACUAAAUUCAAUAAACAUGUGUGGUUGGCCAAGUCAUCUAAUCUCUAUGGACUUCAGUGAGGAAGUUAACCAGAGGAUUUUUAAUGCCCCUUUCAAUUCUAGUACCCUGUGAAGUCUGUGAACAUAUCUGGAAACCCAGAGAUAUGAAAUGAAUGAGGAUUUAAGACGUCAUGAAAAGUUUUUCAGUUUAGGAGUCCAAAUUCUGCGAUUUGAAUUCUAAUAUUGACUUAGCCAAGAAUCCUUAUGACUCAGAAAGCUGUCUAAGGGGAACCUUUCCACAUCUGCAAAAACAAGGAUAAAGAAACUUAUCCUGCAUAUCUUUCAGGAGUAUUGAGAGGACCAAGUGAUGUGUAAUGAAUGUGAAAGCAAUUUGAAAGCCAUAAAAUAUUGUUGAAACAUA